UUCUCCAUUGCAUCAAAAUUUAAAGGUCGAGAAAACCCGAUCCGAAUAUAAAAUCCCCAAAAGAACCCUUUUAAUUGAUCGUCUUCUUCAAAUUGGUAGAACAGAAACCCUAGAAACGAAAGCCCUAGCUUCAUCUCCAUCGACAUCGCUAUGGGUGAUUACAACGAUGCGUUCAUGCGCAACCAGAAUGCUGCCGUUCGAGGAGCUACCAAGGGCCAGAACCGCGCCAAUGUUCUCCAACUUAAACUGAUUGGGCAAAGCCACCCGACCGGUUUAACAAACAAUCUAUUGAAGCUCUUCGAGCCUAGACCUCCUUUGGAAUAUAAACCCCCUCCGGAGAAGAGAAAAUGCCCGCCUUACACAGGAAUGGCACAGUUUGUGAGUAAAUUUGCCGAACCUGGGGAUCCUGAGUAUGCUCCGCCUGUUCCGGAGGUUGAAACGCCUGCACAACGAAGGGCUAGAAUUCACCAGCUGCGACUAGAAAAGGGUGCAGAGAAGGCUGCUGAGGAGCUUCUGAAAUAUGAUCCAAAUAGUGAUGCAAAUAUUUCAGGUGAUCCAUACAAGACAUUGUUUGUUGCCAGACUUAAUUACGAGACAACUGAGAGUAGAAUUAAAAGGGAGUUUGAGUCUUAUGGACCUAUAAAACGGGUCCGACUGAUAACUGAUAAAGCAACGAAUAAACCUAGAGGAUAUGCUUUCAUUGAAUACAUGCACACAAGAGAUAUGAAAGCUGCUUAUAAGCAAGCUGAUGGAAGGAAGCUUGAUGGAAGAAGGGUACUUGUGGAUGUUGAGCGGGGUAGAACUGUUCCAAAUUGGAGGCCUCGCCGUCUAGGAGGUGGACUUGGAACUACUCGUGUGGGGGGUGAAGAAGUGAACCAGAGGUACUCUGGGAGAGAGGUACAACAACCUGGAGGAUCCUCACGAUCGGAGGAACCACGGGCUCGGGAAGAACGCCAUACUGAACGGGACACUGAAAAAUCCCGUGAAAGGGGAAGGGAUAGAGAGAGGGACCGUGAAAAAUCGCGUGAGCGCUCCCAUGACAAGCCAAAGGAACGUGACCAUAGAGAAGAUAAACACCACAAAGAGCAUGAUAGAGAGAGGGAACGGGAGAGGGAAAGAGAACGUGGAAGGGACAAGGAUCGUGAUAGGGAACGAACGCGUGAUCGAGGCAGGGACCGGGGUCGUGACCAUGGUCGCGAUCGCGAUAAAGACCGUGGUCGGGAGCUUGAGCGUGAUCGCCCUAGAGAUAGGGAGAGAGAUAAUGAAGUUGAUGAUCGUGGGCGUUCUCAUGAUAGAGAAUCUGAUUAUGAUCGUGUUGAGUCAAAACCUGAGAGGGAACGCCGAGCUGAAAGGGACUAUGAUCCAGCUGACCCAGAGGAUGACCGUGGUUGGUUUGAACAGCCCGAGCAGGGGCGUAGGAGGCAUGACGCAGAUCAAGAUCAGCGUUAUGAGCAUUACGAGCAUCGAAGCCGAGGACAAUAUGAUCAGAUGGAUGUUCAAGGAGACCAUGACCGCUAUGAUCAAUAUCCCGACCGUGAUGGUGAUCGUUACAAUCGAAUGGAUGAGGAUGAUUAUCAGUAUGACCGCGGAACAUCUGAAUCACGUGAAAGAGACAAUGAGUAUCGGGCCUCAGAAAGGUCUCGCUCCAGGGAUUUUGAGAACUGAGUGGGGGAAUUUACUGCUGUUUAUGCUACAGGUAAUGUUACUGUUGGUUUACAGAAGCCCUUUUUGUUCUAUUGCUCUCUGGUUCUUAUCUCUUAUUUGGUUUAAUUAUACGAACGAGUCUAGGUGCCUUCUAUGACAAUACAGAGCUGUUACAGCUACAUUUCCAUUUUAUGUGUAAGUUAAUCGGAAUUGAGAAGCAGGAGUAUUUAGUUUGUUUUGCUUGUAUUUGUUUCUAAAUCUCUUAAAUGACAUGGCAGUUUAUGUAUCA